AUGGCAAGCUUCGAGUGCAACAUUUGUUUGGAACAGGCCGUGGAGCCUGUGGUUACCCGUUGUGGUCAUUUGUUCUGCUGGGGAUGCCUUCACCAAUGGCUCAACUCAGCAGCAGCCAAUCAAGCCAGCCGGGUUGCACAACUCAAUCCCGGUAUGAGCGGCCAAGCGGCUGGAUCUGCUUGUCCCAUUUGCAAGGCCUCUGUUACCAUCCAGAACGUCAUUCCUGUAUACACUCGUGGGAGCCAGACGGAUCCGCGCAACUCGUAUCCCAACUUGCCAGCGCGGCCACCGGGUGAACGUCCUGAGCCAGAGCCGGCGUCGGUGCUGGCGCUGGAGGCGUUUCAACACGGCGGAACUCCAGAGUCCUAUGGGUUUACGGCUGGGCAGGGCUUCUAUCCUGUCAUCUUUGGACUCAACUGGCAAGGGGCAUCGCUGCUGGAAGCGCCCCCCUCUUCGAAGAGCUUUUCGCUAUCCCUCAUAGGCCUCUCGUUUCUGUACUUCCUGGUCCUGUGGAUACUGUAA